GGAGAGUCAAAUUAAUUUGUACACAAAUUGAGCAAUUCAAUUUUUUGGUCUUUUUUCAAUAGUUGUCAUUCUCCUCCCUUAGCACUAGCCAUGGAUUAUAUGAAAACAGCAGUUCCUACUAAUCUAUUCAACGACCGUGGUUCCAAUAUCGUCGUUAUUAAUCCAGGUUCGGCAAAUAUCAGAAUUGGAUUGGCUCAACAGGACAUACCAUUGAAUAUACCUCAUUGCAUUGCCCGUCGCACUAGUCAGUUACCUAAACGAAAUGUUCAAGAUCAAAUGCUGAAUACUCAAGUUACAACUGCACAGCAUAUGGAGCGGGAAAGAGCGUAUGACAUUAUUGCGUCGCUAUUAAGAAUUCCAUUUUUGGAUGAGCAGGCAGCUAACAGCUCUUAUCCACGCAAGAUGGGGCGUGUAGAUGCACAUCCUCCGCAAAAUGACAUGAAAGAGGCAAAUUUCACUUGGACUGAUGUUUUUGAGAAAAAUGUCCCUCAUUCUUCAACAACAGCAGAAGGAGAUGCACCCAACGAGGGUGGUACCAGCGAGUCCCCCACUCUGAAGGAAAGCAAGAUUAAGGUUGAACCUAAUUCCAGUGCACGUAAAUAUAGGGAGUACAUAUGUGGAGAGGAAGCUCUACGAAUAUCCCCAACUGAACCAUAUUGUUUGCGCCGUCCUAUACGCCGAGGUCAUCUUAAUGUAUCUCAACAUUACCCGACGCAGCAGGUUCUUGAAGACCUGCAUACUAUCUGGGAUUGGAUUUUGGUUGAGAAAUUGCAUAUUCCUCAUCGUGAGAGAAACAUGUAUUCUGCAAUCCUUGUUAUUCCAGAGACAUUCGACAAUCGAGAAAUUAAGGAAAUGUUAUCUAUCGUGUUGCGUGACUUAUGCUUCAGUUCAGCAGUAGUCCACCAGGAAGGUCUUGCUGCAGCUUUUGGAAAUGGUUUACCAACAGCUUGCAUUGUCAACAUGGGAGCUCAAGUGACAUCUAUUAUCUGUGUUGAGGAUGGAGUGGCUCUACCCACAACACAAAUAUCUUUACGUUUUGGUGGAGAGGAUAUAUCAAGAUGCCUUCUCUGGACUCAGAGGCAUCAUCAAACAUGGCCACCAAUUCGAACUGAUGCCCUGUCAAAGCCUGUAGAUUUGCUGAUGCUUAACAGACUUAAGGAGUCCUACUGUCAGAUCAAAGAGGGGGAAGUAGAAGCUGUUGCUGUGGUACAUUCAUAUGAAGAUGGAAUGCCACCUGGAUCUCAUAAGACAAGGCUGACUGCUCUUAAUUUGUUAAUACAGGUUCCCCCUAUGGGUUUAUUUUACCCAACGCUUUUGGUUCCAGAUGUCUACCCUCCGCCACCCCGCUCUUGGUUUAACGAUUAUGAUGAUAUGCUUGAGGACACAUGGCAAAUGGACUUCCCUGGUGGUGGUGCAUAUCCAAUGUGGGAGAGCUACCCAAUUUUCCAAACAAAGCCAAAGAAAGAAGAUAUUAUUGGACUUGCUGAGGCUAUUACAAAGAGCAUUCUUUUGACAGGACGUAUUGACUUACAGAGAAAGUUGUUUUGCAGCAUGCAACUGAUUGGAGGAGCUGCAUCGAUUUAUGGUCUCAUUCCUGCUGUGGAGGAAAGAGUUUUGCAUGCAAUCCCUUCACAUGAAGCAAUUGACACUGUGGAGGUCUUGCAAUCGAGAACAAAUCCAGCGUUUGUGUCAUGGAAAGGCGGAGCAAUCCUUGGAAUUCUUGAUAUUGGUAGGGAUGCCUGGAUUCAUCGAGAGGACUGGAUUAGAAAUGGGAUUCACAUUGGCAGUAGGAGAAAGUACAAGGAUUCAUUUUAUGUUCAAGCACAAGCAUUGUGCUAUCUGAAUUCAUAAGAGCUUUCUGUAGGGUUAUGAGAUUUGAGAAGAUGGAAACCGGGUAUUGCUGGAAGAGUAAUAUGACUUGCAGCGUCCCAUUGUACACUAUUUGAGGGCCACGUUCUCUUGUCUCUGUAGCGUCUCUUGUAUACAAAGGAACCCAGAGCCUUGCUCCUCCCUCCCGACUCAUUUGGUUAGCACUCAUCAUCCAUCUCGUUCUGGACUCUGGAGUAUGUAGUAACAUUUGUGAACAGAAUAUCGCAGGCCUCAAUAUCAGUCGACAGUUAUUGCUGGUCAAGGCCAAUCUGAAGUACAUUCUAGGUAUAACUUAGUCACAGUAUAGGGUUAUUUUAUUAAAUCUUGCUAUUCAAUAAUUUUCUAGUUGCACAUUUAUUGAGCCUAUUGCCAUGCUCAAUGUCAUUCAACUGGCUACCAAUUUGACAAGCGAUUCAAAAUCCUACCAGUUGCACGUCGUUAUUCAUGCUAGUUGCUAUUUACCAUUGCUUGUUCCGCAGCCUACAAAUUCAUACUCAUUCCAUCUAAACUUGUAUUUCACUUUUCUAUUUUAUAUUAGCCUUUUAACUAUUACUUUA